CCCGCCUGCCCCACCCUCCGCGCUUGGUGAGGUGAAAGCGGAACGAUUGGGUUUACGGGGCGUGGUGGGUGCCAGCAGGGAGAGAGGCGGGUGCAUGGGGAGAUGCGGGCGCAUGGAGAGAGGCGGGCGCAUGGGGAGAGGCGGGCGCAUAGAGAGAGGCGGGCGCAUGGGGAGAUGCGGGCGCAUGGGGAGAGUCGGGCACAUGGAGAGAGGCGGGCGCAUGGGGAGAGGCGGGCGCAUGGGGAGAGGCGGGCGCAUGGGGAGAGGCGGGCACAUGGGGAGAGGCGGGCACAUGGGCUGCUUGAAGCGCCGCUCCGCCGCCAGGCCCGGCAUUUGCGACAGCACCUCGCACCAGCACCUGCUCCCAUCACACCAGGCAGGGUCAGCGCUCCCGUGCGAGUUGUCAUUCGUGCUCCUUGCCAUGCCCGUGGUGCAAGGGAAGGCGGCAGCCUGUGCGGCAGCGGUGAGAGGAGAGGAUAGGGCAGGAGGUGCUGCAACCGACUUGUGGCGUGCUGGGGGGGACUGCUGCUCCUGGGGAGCUGCUACUGCUGGUCCGACUCCGAUGUACUGCCAUCGCCCCAAUGGAGGGCAGGAUGUACUGCCAUCGCCCCGAUGGAGGGCAGGAUGUACUGCCAUUGCCCCGAUGGAGGGCAUAGGCCCUGUCGCAUACUGAUGACAAAAUAUUCAACACUUAUGGGUGUGGAAUUCGAUGGAAUGCUCAAGCCAAGCACAUAAGUGAGAAGGUUGAAGCAAAAAUGUGACUCAAUGCUAAGCAUUAAUAUUGAGUUGAUGUAGAGAAUGGGUCGCACUGUACUCGCAAAUUUCCUCUGCUCUGCUCUGACAUGUGGGGGCUUUAUCCGCGUCCCAAAGUGUGUAUGACAUUUGUUUCAG